CGCUCCCCUCCCCGGGUAGUAGUUCCUUGCCGGCCAUGGUACGGAGUGGACGUGUGUGUCUCGACUUGUCUCUUAGCGCCCCCCCUCCGUGUCACCUCCCCCUCCUCCCGUUGUCUCUACACUCGCUCAUUCUUAAACCUUUGGAAAAUGACUCUCUUGUUUGUGAACCUUUAGACACUGUGUUGAGGCCUCUAGUGGAUUAUUAUUCGUGUGUUGGUGGAGCGUAUAAGGGAGAAUAUAACACGAUAAAGGAGGGUUUUGUAAGCCUCUUGGUGUAGUGGUUUCCGGGAUCUGCUGGUGGUGAGUGAACCCCUAGUGGUGUACACGACGAAGAGGACGACCUGCUUCACCUUAUCACCUGCUGUACCUGCUUUACGACCCCCUGCCUGCCUGCUGUUAUCUGCUUCAUCUCUCAAAUAUUUACCAAUGGAUAUUUCUUGACAAUGACCUUUCCACAAGCGACCGAACAGUGAGGCAAGAGAUAUAUUUAGCCAACUCCACAGCCAAUGAGGAUGGGUUGGGUGACAAACUACAGCAGGAGUAGAAUAGGAACAGGGAGUAGAAGUAAAACAAGUGAGGUAAGAGGAUGCAACACCUACAAGACCCUCCUACAAGCCCUUAUCUACCUCCUCCUCAGCACCUCCUUCGUCAGAUCACAAUGCCCGUGGCCGAGGGAGGUUACGGAUCUAAAUGGGUCGUGUCUCUGUGCCUUUAACCUCCAGAACGAGCUGUCUAUUCAGUGUUCGGCUGUUAACUUCACCCUCCUGAUGACUGUCCUACACCAGAGGGCUUCCAGUGUACCUCUUGACCUUCUCUACGUCAACAACACCCGCGUUAGUGUCCUUAAUGACCGUACCUUUGAUGGUCUAAUUAUUGAGAAUAUACAGUUCUCAGCGUGCGGUAUAUUUAACAUCAGCAGGGGAGCAUUCAGAGGCCUAGAGAACACUUUAGUCAACCUCAACCUGCAGGACAACAGGCUGGCGACCGUCCCUACAGCAGCUCUCGCCAGACUCACCAGACUCAAGCUCCUCGAUCUGUCAGGCAAUCAGAUCACCUCUGUUCCUGACGAGGCAUUUGACGGCCUUACACUCUCCACGCUUAAGCUGGCGGACAACGAACUGUCUCUGUCAGAUCGCUCCUUCGCCGGGUUGGAGAGCAGCCUGAAGAACUUAAACCUGAAGGGCACCAGCCUCCGAUCGGUGCCUCCCGCCCUCAGGAACCUCCCCGUACUUGCUUUCCUCGAUAUUGCUCAGAACCAAAUACGGAGCCUGGAGAGAGGCGCCCUUAGGAACCUUCACUCCCUGACGGCGCUGAAUAUCGAGAGGAACCUUCUUCAGGCCCUGGAGGUGGAGGACUUCAUUGGCAUCAACGACACCCUCAGUUCUCUCUCCAUGCUUAACAACCUCAUCACUGACUUCCCUAGAGACGCCCUUAACACCCUGGAGGAGCUGAGGGUGAGUACUACUGACA